CAAAAUUCUCAAGAAUUCUAUUUUUUUUAAGAAAACGAAAAAACGAAAAAAUAGAAAAGGAAACUCUUUUGGUUCAUGCUCCUUUCGACGAAGAGAGAAGGCUUUGCGAUUCAGACCAAUCAACCGCAACAAGCAAAAAUCCCCAAAACCCACGUCAAAUUUGAAGAAAUCAAUCGUACCCAUCUCUUAAAUCUCGGACUCUUUCGGUUUUUAUCUUCUGCUUUCUUCCUCAUCAAUCUACAGGGGGUCAUAAAAAUUAUAUGCUUUUCUUAACGCAUUUUCUUUGAAAUGUCUUCCACGUUAUUUUAAUGGGAUUUCUCGGCUCUUUCUUAUUCUUCGGAUAUUCGUGUUUUUGGGUUUAAUGCAGGUAAACUUAAGGAAAUGGACGUAAAUUUGUUGUGUGUAUUAACAUGCAGUGAUUGGACACGUGGGUGAGUUGGAAAGAGAAGAGAAGUAAGCGGUGUCAGAGAAAAGAUUAGAUUUUUUUUUUCUUUGUUUCGGUGAAGCGGCCGAAGAUGGCGAAUCAGGUGGUCAAAGUGAGUAGAGAACCCAUUGAGGCAUGCAUGACCUGCCCACUCUGUCAUAAGCUCUUCAGAGAUGCCACCACCAUAUCUGAAUGCCUUCAUACGUUUUGCAGGAAAUGUAUAUAUGAUAAGUUAUCCGAUGAAGAGUUAGAGUGCUGUCCAACAUGCAAUAUCCAUCUAGGUUGUGUUCCAUUGGAGAAAUUGAGGCCGGAUCACAACUUGCAAGAUUUGAGAGCGAAAGUUUUUCCUAUUAAACGGAGAAAGGUAAAGGCAGCUGAGGUUGUGACGCCAGUUACACUACCUGUAAGAAGAAAGGAAAGGUCACUUUCUUCAUUGGUGAUCAACACUCCAAGAGUAUCAGCUCAUGCCACCAUGACUGGGAGACGAACCAAAUCUGUCACGAGGAAGGCAGCAGCUUUACGAGGAUGUGGUUUUUCUGCUGAAAAACCCGUUAAGAGAGAGGAUGAUUCUGUUGAAAAUCAUCAAGAAAGCUCAAGUUCACCUGAGCCUUCAAAUAAGCUUUCUCCGCAUUCUAGGCAGAGCUCUAUUCCUUCUGAGCCUAGUGAACCCCUUCCUGAUAAAGAAACUGGGAAUGGUGCCAAGUCAUGGGAAGGAAAGUUGGAUUUAUGGAAACCUUUAACUUGUUUGGUUGAAGUAGCAAACAGGACUAAGUCUGUAAAGUCCAGUUCACAAGGGUCUGACAACAAAGCAGAACCCACACUGGUUGCUGACAUUGAACUUCAAGCACGUAGAACAAAAAUUAAGGAAUACAAACGCAAAACAAAAGUUGAGGAUGACAAGAAUGUUGAUCCUGUCUAUUCAGCAUCUGUGAAACCUAUAAAGGUGCGAAGGGUCCGGCGUAAAAGGGAAACUGCUUUCGGGGAAUCAAUGAUAUCACCACAAGCUGUGUUGGACGCUGCUAGUGCCAGGCAUGAAAGAAGAGUUGGUCCAAUUUGGUUUUCUCUUAUAGCAUCUGAUGACCAGGAUGGAAAUCUACCUGUUUCGUUUAUCCAGAAGUACCUGAUGAUGAAACUAGCUUUAACUAAUGAAGCUGAGGUUGAGAUAAAAUGUAUGGGACAACCAGUGGUCCCCACUUUGCAGUUGUAUAAUUUAGUUGAUUUGUGGCUGCAAACAACAUCAACAUCAGAAAGAAUUCCAGCAACCAUCGGGUCCUCAGCGAAGGACUUUGUGAUGGUGCUGGCAUAUGCUCGAAAGACUCCAGAAUCUUGAACGCGAUUGUAUGUUGUAUAAUUCAGCGGUUUCAGAUUAUAAAUGUUAAUGUUUUCAAUUGAAGCAUUCUGCAUCAGGGGAAUUGGGUUAAAAAACAAACAAAAAGAGCAGCUAGCCCAGAAACGAGCGUGUUGUGGGGGUUCCUUUCGGUGGCAUGGUACAGAAUUAGGUGCAUUGCACUACUGUCCUCUCCAUUCCCCUUCCUUCUUACAGAUUAUUUGACACCAUUUAAUGAAGUAGCACGACUGAUACACGGUUCACUCUCGACGGCAGGGAACCAUCUUGCUUGUAACAAUAUGUUCUUGUCUUAAUAAUUAUAGUGAGCUCUCUCGUCCUUUUCUAUUAAAUCAUGUUAAAAAGGCAGUGAUCCAUAAAACCUGUGGUGAAUAAUAUGGCACAUUUGAUGUCUUUCUGUUUUAUACCUAACAUUAGUUUCAUUUUCUUCGAUGAAACAUGUGUUUUGUCGUUUUUGGAUUUGUUUUGCCAAAUUAAACCUAACCAAGAAGUGAAAAAUGAAAGAUGGCGACCGUGCAAACCUACAAAAACAUCUUCCUGCAGUACUAAAGGGAAAAGAAACAAGAUAAAAAUCGAUCACUAAAAAUUUUCCUUCCAACAAAAAGCAUUGCUUUAUCGUGUAGUUUAAAGAUAAAUUAUAAAUAUGUGGAUUUUAACGACAAAGCACUGCUUUGUCAAGUAGAAAAACCUGAUAAUGGUCUUGUUUUUUCAGCCUUGAUUAUUGUUAAAGCUAAUUACUUAGUUAAUAUUGUAAAGGUCUUCAGAUAAGCACUGCUGCUGUUGACAAACAUCGACGCUAAAUGGACCAUGACAUCAAUAAUUAUCUACUUUUUUCUUUUUUCUUCUUAUUUUUCACUUUAAAUCAACGUCUCAAUGUCUUACCAGACUUUUUUUGCACAAAUGGGUCAGCUUAAAAAAUAGCUGCUGCCUCCAAAAACCCCACUGCAUUAUUAUGCAUUAGGAUCAUCAGCCUUUCUCAAGUCUCAAUCCCAAAAAACAUAUGGACUGUGUACAGAAGUGUAGCUACAUACAUACACUUUCCAAGAGGCUUUUACUUUAGCUCCAAAUUGUAAACUAAUUUAGUGAAAAAGCUUUUAGGCAAGACCUGGGAAUUAAGUAUUCCCAAUUCCCAUUUAAUAAAAAAAACAAAGAAAAGCCAUAAUUUAAACACUAAAUAAUAAGAGAACAACAUAGAAAAUAGUCUACAUGCCUUGACUAAAUACUAUAAUAACUUGAUAUAUUGUACUAAUUAGUAAUUAAUUCACUUUCAAAACAACACAAAAGAAUAAGAAAUCAAAUAAAAAUUGUCAUUUCCCACUAGUAGUACAUGUACACAGAGAUAUUAGGGGAAAGAAAACAAGCAAAACAAUUCUCAAGUUUCUUCCUUUCAAGAUUUUUUCUGAAACCUAAAAUUGAACUAUCACCAGAACCCUAAUUACUCAAAAAUUCUUUAAAAGUGUUGCAACACCAGGAAUUGGGGGUAGAAAACGACGACUAAACCCGUGUACGCGGGGGACUCCCGACGACCGAAAGCAACCCACCCUCGGCAGCUUCUUGCUCCUCUGAAUACAAAUACUCUAUGCCUCUGAUGACGGAAUGUAAUCCAACGAGCGCGGCACCAAUCAAGACCGAGAUCAGCACAUUGAGCCACACACCGGUGAAGACCAGGGCCACUAUUGUCACAACGCCGAGAAGGAGCAAAAAGAUGCGGUCAUCGAUUGUGUAGUUAAAAACGACAAUUGGGGUAUCUCGGAAGAAGUAGAGGGCGAACCAAGCGACGAAAACGAGCAAAAAAACGAUGAGGGAAAGCGGGUGCCAGAGGAGACUGAGGAAGAGGAUUACCAGUACAACCAUGGCGUAAUUGACGCGGAAGUAGUUGAGGUUGCGGUUGAUUCGGGUUGUGGCUUCUCCGAAGGUUUGAGGUCGGGUAAAGGCGGAAAUGGGUUGGACUAGCUCCCGCCAUGGGCGGCGCGUGGCAAAUGUGUUGGAGGAGCAGAAGCCUCGGGGGCUGGUAACGUAGUAAUUUGAGGUCAUUGAUUGCGGAGAAUGGAGAUGGUUCUGUUACGUGAUCCAAAGCUUGAUGAUGAAUCAAAGUGUCAAAGAGCUGUAUGAACUGAGUUCGGAUUUUUUGUAGUAACAUUUGUUGUAAGGGUUAUAUGU